AUGAAACAGAAGAAAGAAACGAGCAACAAGAAUUACCCUGACACUUCUGGAAAGGACUCUCCCGUAAAAGUGACCAACUGUACAAAGUCAGGAUUAUAUUCUAAUAUAAGAUGUGAUCAUAGAGAGACCUCAACAAACGGAAACGAUCCUUAUCAUGAAUACGAACAGGAGUCAUAUUUUAACUAUAUCAUUUUACACUAA